UGCUCAGCUCCUAGCACUUCCACACUCAAAGAUGAAGGGCCGAUUCAUCAUCAACCCGUUCCAAGAACUCAACCUGACUCCCGCAGACCGUACCAGUCUUGAAGACUUGGCUAACCAAUGCAUCACAUCCAACCUACAGCUCUGUAUGAAGUACAUGUCCGGCACAACUCGUCGAGUCGAUCCGCAGCACUGGAAGCCGCUCAAGGAGAAAGAAAAGCUCAAAGUGUACACGGAACGCCCGGAGGCUGCUGCUGCCGCUGCCGCUUCGGGUAACGAGCCGACGGGUUCUGGUCUACCCAUGAUCCUUUGUGUCGGUACCAUGGAAGGCAAACUGGACGAUCUCCUUUAUGGAGUUAUCAGUGAAGACCUCGAGACGAUGCGUAUGAAGGCGUCAUACGUCGACGACUUUAGCGGUGCAGCUGUACUGGACGCCGUGGUGCUUCCUACACUAGAGGACCCGUUCCAGUCUUUAGUGAUCAAGUGGAUGGAGCUUGACAUCCCGUUCCACUCGACCAGUUUGGUUAAGAACCGUGACUAUGUCUAUCUCGAAGGCACGGGUUACGUCACUAACUCCAAAGGGGAGAGACUGGGCUACCACUUGCUACACUCGGUCAACUUCCCACAGACUCACACACUACCGAACCGUGUGCGUGGCAACCUCUCCGUCACUGCCUUCUGGCGUCAGAUUGGCCCCAACACAAUGGAAAUGUUCGCUACCGGCGUCAUGGAUCCGGCCGAUGCCGGCUUGAUCCGUAAGCUCGUGGUGCCCAAUAUGGCCAACGUGCUUCUCUCCAGCUUAAAGUACGCAUACUGUGGACAGAUGCGCAAGCUCUCGUUCAUGUUGGAGAAGGCUUACACCGACUCGAAGCUGCACGGUGCACCUAACAAGAAGAGCAUCUGCGUUACAUGCUCGUCACCAAUCACUAGCCGCAAGCUGGGAGACUUUGGCAAGAGUAACAGCACUUGCAAGAUCUGCUUCGGCUUCGUGUGCCACGCAUGCAAGAUCUCUAGAAAGCUGAGCUUUGUGGACCCGGAUCUGCUGCUCUCUCAGAGGAAGGUGACGUUCUGUACGGCGUGCACCAGCUCCGCUACGAGUGUGAGCUCCGUGGACUGCGCACGGGCCAUGAUGCUCAAGCAUCACAAGGUGAACCAUGCCAGCGUCGAGCAAACGAUGUCAUCUGACGACAACAGCGGAGAAUACUCGUACGCGAGUGCACAGUAGAUAUAGACGUGACUAGCUCAAGACUAGGACCUUAGUUUUGACUUUUAGCUGUGGUAAUGUGAAGGUGGAAGUGAAAUGCGUUUGCCAACAAA